AUGUCUUGGAAAGAUAUGGUUGAUACGAAUCUUGUUGGAACAGGAUUUGUUUCUAAAGCAGCAAUUUUAGGUUCUGAUGGUUCAGUUUGGGGAAUUUCAGAAGGUUUUUCACUUGAUGGUAGUGAAGCUGCUGCCUGUGCUAAAGCUUUUGCUAAUCAAGAUGGUGUUAGAGCCUCUGGAUUAAAAUUUGAAGGUAAAAAAUAUCUUGUGUUACGUGCUGAUGACGAAAGAGUUAUUGGAAAACAGGGAGCUGAUGGAUUUUUUGCCUAUAAAACUAAACAAGCUGUCGUUCUUGGACUUUAUUGUAAUGGUCUUCAACCAGAGAAAUGUUCAACAACAGUUGGGGGAUUGGCUGAUUAUUUAAAGAGUACGGGAUAUUAA